GUCACUUCAACUGACAGUGGCACCAGUGAUGACUGUCUUGAGGUCGCCAGCACCAGUCACCACCGCUGAGAGCAUGUUCUGGCUGUUCCUGUCUCUCCCAUUUGUCUUCUGCCUGGGCCCAGGGACUGUAGUUUCACAAAGCAGCUCAACCCCAUUGGUGGUGAACGGGAUUCUAUGGGAGCCGGUAACUCUGCCUCUACAGCUUCCGGCAAAAGAGUCGGUCGUGAUCAUCACGUGGCUUCACAAUGGAGCAUCUAUUGCCGUCCUACAGCCAAAUGGACGCCCAGGAAUCCUGGUGACCAAUCCAGCAUGGCAAAAACGAGUGAACUUCACCCAAUCCUAUUCUUUGUGGCUCAACAACCUGACAGAGGCAGAAGUGGGAUCUUACAGUGCUCAGAUGACCACGGAGAACUCUGUGAUAUUCUCUAAUUACACCCUGAGAAUCUUCAGGCGACUGAGGAACUUGCAAAUUACCAGUCACGUUCAGCUGUCUGAGAAUAGGACCUGCGAGAUUCACCUGACCUGCUCUGUGGAGAAUCCAAAUGACAAUGCCUGGCUUAGGUGGCAGACCCCGGGAAACACAUCUCUAAGUGAACCAAACCUCACUAUCUCCUGGGACCCCAGGAACGACAGUGAACACAAUUACACCUGCAUAGCUGAGACCCCUGCCAACAACUUAUCUCUCACUGUGUCUGCCAGGGGCCUCUGUGAAGGUAUUUUCAAUAAGGAAAAUGAACGCUGGGAUUUCACAUGGAUAAUAAUUAUGGCUCCUUUGAUAUCUAUAGUCAUCAUUGUGGGGAUAAUUUUCUGGUGUAAAAGAAGAGGUUCCCUUCAUUUGUCUACUCAGCAAACCCAGAGUCCUGUAGAGUCCAUGUGGAACUUAGAGUACACUUCGGGAUCUCCAGGGAGCACUGUGUAUGCACAGGUCACUCAUCCAAGCCGGGAAAAAGAAAACCUAGCACCUGUGAAAAACAAUGAAUCCGUCACAAUUUACUCCACAGUCAAUCAUUCCAAAGAGAGUAAACACAUUUCUUCCAGAACAACUGCCCUUGACAAUGUCAUCUAAGUUCCUAAAGGACCUCAGAUAUUCAGGAAUGACACAUCUCCCGAUCCCAUGCCACAGAACAAAGACAGGAAGCUUGGUUUUCUGCCUGGCGACAGAAUCUAAAUAUCUAAGAUGACUGCUUCCCAUCCUUCAGUCUUGAACCUGCUUACCUGGGUAAAACAUCAUUUCCAGCAUGGGAUCCAAAUAGUAUUUUUCAGUCCACUCUGGGACAAAACACGAUUCAGUCAACACACUUGUGGCUUGACUUCCUUUUUGGUAACUGAACGAACGGAGUUGCGUUUGACAGAGAUAUUGUAAUUCAGAAGACAGCAAGUGCUCCUUUUAUAAAGCAUGAGGACGUGACUCCUUGGCAGAGCGCACUGUGUGUUGGCAGUCUGUGGAGCUAAGCAGACCCACACUCAUAUCCUGAAGCAUCCCUUUACUGGACUGACACUUGGGCCGCAUGAGCUCCAGACUGAACAGGAGGAGGAUGGCAAUGCAUCAGCUCCACGGCCCGACUCAGGAACCUAAGUCAUCCCUGACUCUCACCUCUCCUUGCCCAGGGUCCUCGGAUUCUCCCUCCGGAAUGCAGUUUGGACCUGUCCGCUUCCCUCCACGCCUCACCUACCACCUCCAAUCUGGAAUACCAUGAUCGCAUCCAAAGAGCUCUUCUCACAUUUUUCUCUUGUCCCUCGCCAAUGCAUUCUGCACAAGGCAGCCAGAGUAAGGGUUUUGAAUAUAAAUUAGACCCUUCACUUGCCUGCUGGAGCCCCAGCAGGUUUCCCAAGAGAGUCCAAUGUCCAUGGCCCUGCAUGGUCUAGACUGUCUCCAGCCUCAGCUGCCGUCACUCUCCCCACUCUCUCGUCUUCUUCCAGCUCCUCUGUUAAAAGAAAAUGUUCUCAGUGUUAGAGUGAUUCAUGUCUGCCUCAAGGCCUUUCCUCUCCUCCUCAUUCUUUAGGUUUCAGCUCUAAUGAAGCCUUCAAGGUUCCAGCUACAAUGGUGACCUUCUAAGAAAGGCCUGCCCACACCACCCCAUCUGUUACUCUGUUACACCUUCCAUGUCACUUGACACAUGUCACUAGGUAUUUAUUUUUAUUUGUUUAUGUCUGUUUCUCUGAAUGUACCAUAAGCUGUUCAGGUGCACAGUGAGUGUUUUAUUUUGGUAAUCCUAGUAUCUAGCACAUUGCAAGUGGUAAAUAAAUAUUUUUAAUAAGUAAA